AUGCUGGGCUUGGUCCCUAGUUUCCCCCUUUCCCCCGUCUUUUUUAUCGGUCAUCUAUCAUGGUUUGGCAUACAGGCGAGCGCGGAGUUAGGAAAGACCCAGGUCUCUUUCUUUUUUCUUACUUUUGCCCUUCGUUUCCCCCCUCCCAUUCUGGGACGUAGGCGAUUGACCCGCCUUGACAGCAGGACAGACCGCGACAUAGAAGAAAAAGAAAAGAAAAGAAAAAGAAAGAAGAGAAAGAAGAGAACAACUUCAUCUGUUACGCGAGGUCUUUUCAAGGCUGGGUUGAGCAGCAUUUAUCUGCAGUUCCCGUUCCCAAAUACGGAGUUAUAA